CAACUCGCAUAGCAUAGAUCCGCAUUGGGAGACAUGUCCGAUACAUAAGAAGCCCCGGCCAGGGUGAUUGCUCGGGCUUCUCCCUCUUCCAUACCGCACAGACAGUUCUCGAGGCCAUCAUGGUGGCUCUGUUCAAGGACUCGCCCGAGUAUGAGGCGCGCAAGAAGGCGACCUUCACGCCACCAAACAUCACCAUCAAGGACGUCCACGCUGCCGUUCCUAAGCAUCUCUUCCAGCGCAGCACCUCCAAGGCAGUCUUCUACGUUGUCCGGCACCUCUCGAUCGCUGUGGCACUCUUUGUCUUUGCGACAAAGAUCGAUUCGAUCGUCCACCAUGUUGCAGCGAGCUAUGAGCUUCCCAGCAGGGCUGUCACGGCACUGAGCUACGCAAUGUGGUCGUUCUACUGGUUGUGGGAGAGUGUGACGUUUACGGGCGUUUGGACUCUUGGGCACGAGUGUGGCCAUGACGCUCUGGCCGGGAGCAACAUGGCCAACGCGGUUCUCGGCAUGAUAAUGCACACCUUCAUGCUGACCCCGUACUACGCCUGGCGUGCGACGCAUCGCUCCCAUCACAAAGGUACCAAUAGUUUGGCCCGAGACGAGACCUACCACCCGCCCAGCCGCGAGGACUUCCACUUGCCUGAGGAGCACAUCGCGAGGCCGAUGGACUAUCAUGAGCUCGUCGAGGAGACACCGCUGUACACCCUCUACAAGAUGCUCAUCCGGCAGUUCUUAGGUUUCCAACUCUAUCUGAUCCACAACCGCAAGGGCAACCCGAAGUACCCGCCUUGGACUAGCCACUACAAUCCAAAUGCGCAGCUUUUCCGCCCGGAAGAACGCCACCUCAUUGCUAUAUCGGAUGUUGCAAUGGCGAUCAUGGUGGGCCUACUUGGCCUUUGGAUCCACACCACCAGCUUCAACAACGUUUGGAGGCUGUACUUCGUCCCGUGGCUCUUCGCGCACAGCUGGAUCGUUACAAUCACGUACCUGCAGCACAGUGACCCGACGGUACCGUAUUACCGCAACCAGUGGACAUUCCUUCGGGGCGCGCUGGCGACCGUGGACAGGCCUAUGUUUGGCUGGGUUGGACGGUUCUUCUGGCACGGUAUCGCUCAUGACCAUGUGGCGCACCACUUCUUCGUAACGGUGCCAUUCUACAACCUGCCUCAGGUGACAGAGGCCAUCAAGCCUGUGCUCGGCGAAUACUAUUACUAUGACACGACGCCUACGUUCUACGCUCUGUGGCGCUCAUUUACGCAGUGCAAGUUCAUCGAGUCCAAGGGCGACAUCGUCUUCUUCAAGAACCAGCAGGGCAAGGCCGUGCGCGAGGAUAUCACGGAUGGGUCGCACGUAGCACCCCCCGCGCCCGCGCUGCAGGAGGAGAAAAUCGACGUGCUGUCCAACUGACUGAUUCGAACCGGUGGAUGGAGGAUAGCGGAUUCUCCGGAGCGGUGCGCGUAAGAACAGUGUAGUCCCGUUGUUGUCAUCGUUGUGUAGAAUUUAUCAGAUGCUCUUACUUUGUUCCCUGGC